CAUUCUUUUUAAAAGCAACACGAAUAAUCCAUUGCGCGGAGUGUUUGUUUCCAGGAAGUGGAGUUUGUUUGCUAAGUUACAAUACACUAUAGCCAGGCGACUGAAUUUCUUCUGGCAAGUGAGCCCCUAACAACGUGAAGCAUACGAACACUGGAUCUGAGAUACCAGGGCCAUCAUUAUGACAGCCGGACAGAUAAGAGACACGACCAACUUAAAACACGCCAAAGCGGAUCAUUUUGUCAAAACUAGAGACAAGAACAGCUCUAAAGACAAAGGCUCAGACCGAAGCGGGUGGUGGAGAAGCACACUAAAAGAAUCACCUAUUCCUGGAACCUAUGAAAUCCGAGACUUUAUCAGAGAGGCUCAGCUGAAUCCAGUGAAGCAGACGUACUGCUUCAAGGGAGAAGGCAGGAAGAAGGGUGUUGGUGCAGCCCGCAAAGGGGACCUCCUGUUACCUGGUGCCUACUCCCACACUGACUGCAUCCAGCUACUAGAGAAACAGCAAGUCACCUACUCCUUCAAGAACUCCCCCAGGAAAGAUGCCUUCAUGCUGUGCUAUAGAGACAAGGACAUGAAUACCUCACCGUGCCAGUACGACAUGUUCCCAAAACCAGUGGCCAGGUUGCCUUGCAAGUAUGCAAACUUUCGAUCCACAGUUCUGCGAUUCCCCACUAUCUACUUUGUUCCUAAAGAAGGCCCUGCUCCCGGUCAGUACAAUGUGAAAAGUGCACCUCCGCCUGCUGUCACAUCUUGCUUUCGUUCAGCAGUGCCCCGCAUGGUCUCAGCGCGCAGUAAAACUCCUGGACCUGGAACGUACGAGGCUUCGAGGCAGAUGCCAACGCAGACGAAAGCAAUGGCAACCAUGGGCCACUUGCAUGGGCUCUUCUUCCGCAAUGCAUUUGAGUUUUAAAUUCUGUUGAAAACACCUGUCAGUGUCCGUGUGCGCUUUUUUGUGACACAGCACGCUGCAGCAACAUUUUAAUAUGUAGUUCAGUCAUAGGGUGGAAGAGGAUAUGAAGCUGAGUUCAGUAGGGUUUUGCUGUAGAUUUUUCUUUUGCUUUCCUCAGUUAGUGCUGGGACAAAUAUUUAAAGAUGUGAAUAAAAACUGCUUCAGAUGUAUUCAGAGACAAAAGGUACCAUGUUCUUUCUGGUUCCUGUAAUAGAGUUUAAAGUUGACCAUAUCAAAAAGAUAUCACGCAAAAAAGAAAAAAUCAGUGCAUCAGUGAUGUCUGAUAAAAGAACCACAUGAGUUCUACUGUGUGCACGAGUGAUUCUCUCCUUUGUUUGUUUGGAAGGGUGUUUAUGGGGUACGAGUCCUGGAUCAGCUUGCAUGAUGUCAGGAUUUUCCAUCAAGUCCCAGUCACUUAGACACAGUGUGUAAUGCAGCUGAUGUGAAAAGAAGAAUACAUUGAAAGUUGAUCACAGUUUUUGUGUCUCUCUGUUGGAUCUUGGUAUCUUUGUAGUAGGACAGCUUGCAAGAUUUCCAGCUCUUGACACAUUAUUCUUGUUACUCAUUGGGCUUAGCCAGUGUUUGUUAAAUCAAAGUGUUAAUCUUUCUACAGAUCAGAUUUGUGAGCUAUCCUUUGUGGGGUAAUCCACCAGUAACAAAGCCAAUAUCUUAAUUAAAGAGUUAAGCUACAGAGAUGGCAAAUGAGAUAAGUCUUGAAGGAGUGAUAAAGACUUUUCUUACCUCUUUUUUUAUUAGCAAUAACUGCUCCCCUCAGUGAUAUAAUUUCCUUUUUUUAUAAUUUAAUUAUUCAGGCUUUGCAAAUAGUGUAGAUAGUGUGACCUAUAGCACUUACUGUGCUAUAGGUCACAUUUUCUGCAGUUAGACUUUUCUACAGCACAUGGGAAAAAAACUCAUUGCACAGCAGUUUGAGACAUUUCAGGUUUUAAAAGUAUUUGCUUAAUUCAGCUUAAUUAAACUGACAGUGAAAUGUCGAAGGGCUCAAACCUAUACGAAUUUGGGAGUCUUUGUUGAAAUAGGAACAAAAGAACAUCAGAAAUGUCUGAUCAAGAGGAGGAAGUAUUAGUCCAUCAGUGCUGGCUGAUCUGAAAACUUUGAGUCGGGCCAUGAACAGCAUGGUUAAGCCACCCAUCUCUCUCCUUCACCACUCUGAGUAAAGAAGUGUUUCCUACUCUGUGCCCUGAGUCUGUCUCUGGACCCUAGACUAAAGGCAUAACCCCCUUCCAAAUACUGUGGUCACAUCCUGUGUAUUCCAGAAUCUCACAGUACUGGGUUGUUGAGUUGGCAGAUGGAAUUCGCCCGUACUAUAUAUACCCUGAAGCUGGAUUUCAAUGAGUGACCUGCUAGCCCUGGAGUCAGCCAGCAUCUGUGUGGCUUCCUGAUGUCCGCUCUCUCUGUUAAACAUGCCAUUGUGUUCAUUGAGAUUGCGUCUCUCCUGUUUGCUCUGGGAUGCUCAGAGAGGUGAGGCAGGGGAAAGUGUGCGCCCCUGCUAGAUGCUUCCUGCAGAACCAGUUUCAGCCCUGACUGCUGGAUGAAGUCCCAGCCCUCUGCAGAAGCACACUCAUCACCUGCCGCUUUGGCUUGGCAAGCUUCUCCACGGGAAUUACAAUCAAGCCUGUAAUGGUUCCCCAUCCCCUAUAAAUCAGCAGGUAAUCUGGAUCACGUCUUGGAAAUGCACAGCAGGGGAUCAUCAGUCCGUGCAUUGUGGCAUAUAGAAACAAAUCGUGUCUGAGUGAAGAUACAUCUCAGGGGGCUGUUUGUUUCAGUAAAGUAUUCCUUGUGCAGAAUCCUGAGCCCUGUUGACAGGUAGAUAGGUAGAUAAUGCUCUUCUCUCAACGGUGCUGGACACAUCAUUGAAGCCUAGGUCAGCUGGAGGUGUUGUGCACUAAUGGCAUGGGGAAGGACAGUCUAGACAGCUCCAUUGCCUCCUUUACCUGCUUUACAAAGGAAGACAUUUAAAUGAAUGAAUAAUAUCAUGUUGCUAUGAUUCUAAACCAUUUUCAAGAUGUUUAUGCACUGCUGUGUACAGCCAUACCAUCUCUUUUAUGAUCGUUGUGAUCGCAAUGAAAACAAACAUUCUCUUUUGUGGCUAACAAAGCAAAGGAACAGCACAGCGGCGAGCACAGCUGUAGAUGUGGAAGCAACCGAUACAAUCCCUACCUGGAUUCACUAAAUCUCUAAAUAAUGUAAAGCUGUGGUGCAGAUGACCUCUAUUGGGUCACAUUAGUAAUAUCCAUUGAUUUAUUUAACAUCUCUUCCAGUAUUGGAGCAGAUGGAUAGUCGUGUCAAUAUUGGUGAUUUAUACAGGACCAGUCUAUAGAAUGCACACUAAAUUAAGGGUUCUCUUAAAAGCAGGCACUGCUCUUGUAUUUUUGUCUCAAAUGUUAGUGGUGCGCUGGACACUAACUGGUCUGUAUCAAUUUUCUAGUAGAAAGAGACCACUUGGUUAGAGAGAGUCUGUUAGGGAUAUAGGCACAACAAGCAAUAUAAACCUUUUGAAGAAUGAAUGCGGCCAGGGGUUCAUCUGUGCCGGAACACACAGGAUCCCACAUCUGGUACCUUUUUGCCUGACAGGUGAGAAUUGGAUAAAGGUGUCUGCCAAAUAAAAAAAUAAGUAAUAAUAAUAAUUAUACAGUUUGCAAUGAUGAACCAUAUGUCAGUCUGCCACAGUAUCACGAUCACAGUUUUGAGCCAUUUGAAUACAUAUAUUUAUUUUUUCCUUCAAAGCAUAGCAUGCUAAAUCAAAAAUCUUAAACCUAGUUUAGGAAUCUUUCUCAUAAUCUCUCAUGCCAGUUUUUUUAUUAUUAUUGUACUUUCCCACUUUCCAAUAUUGCUCCAAUAUUCCCUUAUCUUCUCUGAAGCUGUGAUAUAUAUGGGACUGUAUGUUGAAAACGAUGAAAUCCUGCUGAAGCACUAAGCUAAUACAGAACAUGACAAAUGCAGAGCAUAAGCGUGGGCGAAGCUUACAGUAGUUACCAUUGCAAACUAUUAUUUUUAUCAGGGUUUUAUAAGGUAAGGCACAUCUGAAGGUGAGUUUCCAUACUCCUUAGGUAAAGUGAAUCGUCAGACAUCUCUCCCAGUGUGUCUGACAGAUUACUGUCAGCUAGGGCUCUCAUUAUUCAUGUUACAUAACAAGAUGUCCCAUUGCACAACCUGUCUGUCCUAUUGUACAACCUGUCUGUCCUAUUGCACAGCCUGUAUGUCCUGCGGUGAGAAGGAAAUGUGAUGGGUAAGCACUGUGAAGCACAGCUUUGGUAAUGCAUACUAUUAUUAUUAUUAUUAUUAUUUAUUUCUUAGAAGACGCCCUUAUCCAGGGCGACUUACAAUUGUUACAACAUAUCACAUUAUACAUUAUUUCACAUUAUACAGAUAUCACAUUAUUUUUACAUAAAAUUACCCAUUUAUACAGUUGGGUUUUUACUGGAGCAAUCUAGGUAAAGUACCUUGCUCAAGAGCAUUGCAAAAAAAAAAAGCAUUGCAACACCAUUCUAUCUAUGGUAAAUGCAUAGUAUAGCCA